AAUCGCACAAUAAACUUUAACAAACAAUGAUUGAAUUCAUUCACCACUAAUCUAUCGGUACAAAGAUUUCGGUUUUAAUUUGUUUUUCUAUUUCUUUUCCAAGCAAUGAACUGCUUAAAAAGUUACCAUGUCAGCUCCAUGGAGUUAAUUGAGUAGGGAAUUUGGCUGUUUGUUGGGAUUUAAACAGAGGGUUUGCUGACUCUGAUUGCAGAUCAUCUCAGUUGAAUCUUGACCUUUGAGGUCAGUUUGAGAAUUGAAUUGCAAUGGCUGUAGUUGCUUCUGCUCCUGGAAAGGUCUUGAUGACUGGGGGCUAUCUUGUUUUGGAGAGGCCCAAUGCGGGGAUUGUACUCAGUACGAAUGCUCGGUUCUAUGCAAUUGUGAAACCAUUUUAUGAGGAAAUUAAACCCGACAGCUGGGCAUGGGCAUGGACAGAUGUGAAAUUAACUUCCCCACAGAUGUCAAGAGAAACUACUUACAAAAUGUCGCUAAAACAUUUAGCACUUCAGUGCAUCUCUUCGAGUGAAUCAAGGAACCCCUUUGUAGAAUAUGCAGUGCAAUAUGCUGUUGCAGCAGCCCUUGCAACAUUGGAAAAGGAUAAGAAGGAUUUGUUACACAAGCUACUUUUGCAAGGUCUUGAUAUUACAAUCUUAGGUUGCAAUGAUUUCUAUUCAUAUCGGAAUCAGGUACUCUACCUUUCCUAUUGUACUUUUAAAAUCUUUAACUUAUUUGACCACUAGAGGUGUACUUAUUUG